AUGGAUCUUUCCAUCCUGUGUCACCAGCAGAAGCAUUUUUCCAUCUCCAAGGAGUCCUCAUAGAGAAAGCACAAAUAGGGAAAGUAAAAGGACUUAAAAGAGGACUUUUAGACUUUCUCAAAUAGCUGCCUCGAGCACUAUGAGGCCUUGGAUUUCUGAACUGACAUUUAGCUGUCUGGAUUGCACUAAUGAUGUUCAAGAAGGGUCUCAGAGAGGGAUCUGAGCAAACAGGGUGGCUCUGCACAGCCACAGUGCCCCAGGAGGCUUAGCUGUCCUCCUAAAAUACAUUGCCAGUGCCUUCCUCCUGUGGCUCUUUGCCAGAACACCUUUUUGCUGCCUUUCUGGUCUUUUCAUGCGGCUGUCCCUGGUCCUGCUUCUCUAUUCGUGUCUUUUCUGUGCAGAGAAGAUAAUGGAGAGAAUACUACUUUCUCUUUCAGGAAGGGCUGCUGUGAAAAUAGGGCUCACAGUCGACAUUAGGGAUGUCAGCCAGAAGUGCUGCGGAGCCGGCUGUCAUGGAGGGAACCAGGCAAACCAGGAUCUGUCGUCCGCACAAGAUAAGCGAGUCCUCAAAGGUGUACAGGUGGGAUGACCACUCCAGUCUGGUUCUUCAGAGCCUGAAUGAGCAGAGGCACCGAGGCCUUUUCUGUGACAUUGUCCUCGUGGUGGAUGAACAGAGAGUCCCUGCCCAUCGGAACCUCCUCGCCGUUUGCAGCGACUACUUCAACUCUAUGUUCACCAUUGGUAUGAGAGAAGCCCACCAAAAAGAGGUAGAACUUUUUGGAGCCUCUUACAUUGGACUUAAGGCUGUGGUAGAUUUCCUUUAUGGCAGUGAGCUGUCUUUAGAUGGUGGCAAUAUCGACUAUGUGCUUGAAACAGCUCACCUGCUGCAGAUCUGGAAGGUGGUCGACUUCUGCUGCGAGUACCUGGAGAAUGAAGUCAGCGAGGAGAACUACUUGUACCUGCAAGAGCUGGCCUCUAUUUACAACCUGAAGCGCCUUGACUCCUACAUUGACUCUUUCAUCCUGAAGAACUUUGGCACGCUGUCUUUCACUCCGGACUUCCUGCAGAACAUUUCCUUGCAGAAGUUGUGCCAAUACCUGAACAGCAGCAGUGUGCAGCAAGAGUGUGAGCACGACUUGCUGCAGGCUGCCUUGCAGUGGCUUACCCAGUACCCGGAAAGGGAGAAUGAGGCUUACCAGGUUCUGGAUAACAUCCAUUUUCCUUUGAUACCUAAAAGUGAUCUCCUCCACCGAGUCAAGCCUGCUGUCUGCUCUCUUCUUCCCAAAGAAGCAAACUGUGAGGGGUUCAUAGAAGAGGCAGUGCACUAUCACAACAACGUCACAGCUCAGCCAGUGCUGCAGAACAAGCGGACAGCCCUGAGGACCUGUGAGGAGAGGCUCCUCUUUGUAGGUGGGGAGGUUUCAGAGCGCUGCUUGGAACUGAGUGAUGAUACGUGCUUCCUGGACACCAAAAAGGGGCAGUGGGUUGCAGAGACCCCUCUCCCAGCCAGACGAAGUCACCACUGUGUCGCAGUCUUGGGAGGCUUCAUCUUCAUAGCUGGAGGCAGCUUUUCAAGAGACAAUGGAGGGGAUGCAGCUUCAAAUCUGCUAUAUAGGUAUGAUCCCCGCUGUAACCAGUGGAUAAAGGUCGCCUCCAUGAGACAGCGCCGUGUAGAUUUCUACCUGGGAGCUGUUACCGACAUGCUGGUAGCUGUUGGUGGCAGGAAUGAAAAUGGAGCACUUUCUUCAGUCGAGACUUACAGUCCUCAGAAGGAUUCAUGGUCCUACAUAGCAGGCUUGCCCAGGUUUACCUACGGCCAUGCUGGAACAGUCUUCAAGGAAUUUGUGUACAUUUCAGGAGGCCAUGAUUACCAAAUCGGCCCCUACAGAAAAAACCUGCUGUGUUACGACUACCGCACGGAUGUCUGGGAGGAGAAGAGGCCGAUGAUUGUUGCCCGAGGGUGGCACAGCAUGUGCACCUUACAGGACCACAUCUACUCCAUCGGUGGCAGCGAUGACAACAUAGAAACCAUGGCUCGCUUUGACAUUCUGAGUGUGGAGUCCUACAGCCCUCAGUGUAACCAGUGGACCAGAGUUGCUCCUCUGCUGCAAGCAAACAGUGAGUCAGGGGUGGCAGUUUGGGAAGGAAAGAUUUACAUCCUCGGAGGCUACAGCUGGGAAGAAACGGUCUUCUCCAAAACGGUCCAGGUUUAUGAUAAGGAGAAAAAUAAGUGGUACAAAGGAACUGACUUACCCAAAGCAAUUGCUGGUGUGUCUGCAUGUGUCUGUGCGUUGAAACCCAAAACAGAGGACAAGAAGAAAAAAACAAAAACAAGAAAACAUCAAGAUCGAGGAAGAUGACUACUCCUGGAUAACCACCCUUUGAUGGUGGGCUCCAAAAGGACCUUGUAUUAAAUAAUUUCUAUCUAACAUUGAUUCUUUUUGAGUGGGGGGGGGGAUAUUCUGAAGCCUCAUAAAAUGUACAGUUGAAUGUGGUUUUGGGAAUUAAGCUCAUGCUUAAGAUAAAAAUGACAAAAGAAAUUAACACCCCAACCCUCCAACUCUAUAAGGGGUGAGAUGGCAAGAGAGGUUGUGCUGCUCUCCUGAAUGUUAAGGCUCAGUCUUUUACUUCUUGGCUCGUGACAUUUCCACAUAAAUUGUAUAAUGUCAGUGUUUUCAAAAUGUUUAAUCUGUGGCUAAAUUGAUAACAUCAAGGGAGAGGAAGGAGGCAGAGUACUGAGUGUCUGGUUUGAAGUUACAGAGCAGUUCAAAGGGAUUUAGAAACAGCUGCUAAGAGAAAAUUAAAUGGAUCUUCACUGUUGUAAA